AUGGCUUCAAUGGGCGUGGCGACUUUGGAUAUGGUAGAGGAGGAAGAGGAGGAGGGAGUAUUUGACGACCGAAGAGAUGAUCGAAGACUCAGUGGAGGUGUGCCAUCGGGAGAAUGGAGAAGAGGCGAAGCACCACCACGACCAGCGACCCUGGCUUCGGAAGGGGACGAGGGAGAGGUGACGGCGGUGACUGGCGGGGUCGGGGAAGAGGGAGGUGGUAGUCGUGAAAUUCGACACCUGCACCGUUCAAAAGGCCAUGCCAUCAAAGGCUCGCUGCAAUGA